AUGGAGGGAGCCAGGCAGACACAUAAACGAGUUUUUAUCAACAACAUAGACUCCUACGCGUCUAAAUGUAUUGCCAAGUUUCUAUCCGAGAAUGUGAUGAAAGCACCUGAUGGAGAGAUGGAGAGUGAGGAAGAGGAGGAGAGGAUGAUAGCAGGAGGUUUCCACAUUGUUGGAACAGUUUCUGACAGAUGUGAGGAAGACAGAGAACAUGUGUUAGAGGAGUACUAUCAACUGAACAGGGAUGAUGAGCUUCUUCCAAAACUGAUGGAGUGUGACAUCAUUAUUUACAACGUUACCCAGCAUGCUGAUCAAGUAGAAGAGGCUCUGUGGGCUGUUUCAGCCCUUCACAAUAAAAUGGGCUGUUUCGCUGGACAGAAGAUGUUCAUCCUUGUCUCCACGGUGAUGACCUGGGGGUCCAGUAAGCCGGUCAACCUUGAUGAUUUGGAGCUUCCUUUCACUGAUGAGGAUUUCAGGAGAAGAAGAGCACAUCCUAACUUCACACAGCACAUCAACCUGGAGAAGAAGGUGGUCAAGAUGGGCAAAACUGACAGAGCGUUGUUCUCUACAUACGUGGUGGCAUCAGGACUUCAGUACGGGAUGGGAGAGCAGAUCUUCCACUUUUUUUUCAAGAUGUCGUGGCUCGGCGAUGAGAAAGCAAUACCUGUCUUUGGAGAGGGCAACAACAUCAUCCCUAUGAUUCACAUCAAUGACCUGGCAAGUGUGAUUCAGAAUGUCAUUGAGUAUCAGCCCAAGCCUUACUACCUGCUAGCUGUGGACUAUUCCAACAACACCAUGGAGGAAAUUAUGAAGACAGUUGCCUCUGCUCUUGGACCAGGGAAGAUCCAGAAAAGGCCAUUUGAGGAAGCUUACCUCACACAGGACCUGAGUGUGAUGGAAGUUGAUUCUAUGAGCAUUAACCUUCGUAUGGAGGCUGUCCACCUAAAAGAACCACUCUCCAUCAACUGGGUGUGUAAGUCUGGUCUGGUGGAGAACAUGGAGCUGGUGGUGGAGGAAUACAGACAGACCAGAGGACUACUGCCCAUCCGUGUGUGUGUGCUGGGUCCUCCAGCUGUGGGGAAGAGCACAAUGUCCAAAAACAUCUGUGAACAUUACAAGCUCCAUCACAUCACACUGAAGGAGACCAUCUCUGAUACCAUCUCUAAACUGGAAGAUACUGUGAAGAACAUUGAUCCUGAUGCAGAGAAUGAAGAGUCUGCAGCUGAGGCUCAGGAACUGCUGAACAGCAUUAGAGAGAGUAUGGAACAGAAUACAGGUCAGCUGGAUGAGCAGCUGCAGGUGAAGGUGCUGAAGGAUAAGCUGAUGUCUAACCCCUGCAGAAACCAGGGCUUCGUUCUGGACGGCUUCCCUGAAACAUACGAACAUGCUAAAGAACUCUUCUAUGCUGAAGAUCAGGAGUCAGAAGAUGGGUCGUCUUCAUACAACAACAAGUUGAUGCCAGAGUUCGUCCUGGCUCUGGAUGCGUCAGACGUCUUCUUGAAGGAUCGGGUGAUGAACCUACCCGAGAGGCUGGUGCAGGAGAACAACUACGAGCAGGAGAGCUUCCUGCAGCAGCUCGCAGGAUACAGAGAGAGCAGCACAGAAGAAGAAACGGUCGUCAACUACUUCGAUGAGUCGGACAUCACUCCUCUGUACCUGGAGAUCACCAACGACGAUGAACCCGACUGCCUGCUGCUGAUGCAGAAGAUCUUUGAAACGGUGGGCCUGCCCCGGAACUAUGGCCCCAGCAGCCAGGAGGUGCAAGAGGAGGAGAGGAGGAAGACCGAGCAGAGGAUGAGGAAGGAGGCACAGGAGAAAGCUGAGGAGGAGCAGAGGGAGGCGGAGGAGGCUCAGCAGAGGACCGAACGCUGGGAGGAGUGGUCUAAGGCUUUAGAGGAGACCAGGCAGCAGGAGGAGGAGCUGCUGGAGGCUAAGUCGGUCCCGAUGAGGAACUACCUGAUGGAGCACGUCAUGCCCACUCUGACACAAGGUCUGAUGGAGUGCUGCACAGUCCAGCCCCAGGAUCCCCUGGACUUCCUGGCGGAGUACUUGAUAAAGAACAACCCCCUAAACUACUAA